CACUGGGAAAUGAUUGGGUAAAACUACUUACCCUAAGGAUGGGCAUAGGGGGUCACGUUUAUGUUUAAAGCUUAAUUUAUCUACUGUCAGUUUUGCUCAUCUUACAUUCUUACGAGUCCAAUAUUUAUUAAAAAGCAUUCUAUACUAAACUGAAAAUGUAAGAAAUAAUAAUUAAUGAAAAUAAAGUUUCUGUUAUUAUGCAGAUGUCAAAGUAGAUUUCUCGGCAACUGUGUGUACUCGAGUUUCCACCAAGUGUGAAAAAGGUCGUGAAUUUGAUAGAAUAUCGAUUAGUUGGCGAAUUUGCUGCUGCUGUUGCUUCAGCUUUUUUUAAUUAUUCAUUAUAUAUAGUGAAAUUGAAAUGCAAAGUAUUUCUCAUCAACGGAAUCACACAUGUUUUGUCAUUUAUAUUUUAUGACGAUUCAAUGGCAAAAGCAAAAGCAACUCAAGUACGAAGAGGCUGAGAUGCCAAUUUCUAGAAUUUUAUAGCUGGUCAAUUAACUUUUAUUGGAGAUUCUGAAAAGGAGGAUUAAAUACGUAACAAUAACCCUACACAUAUUUUCCAUCAGUAAUCAACUUAUAUAACGAUGAACGUUAAUUUAAAUAAGAAAAACGGACAUAUGGGACUGAAUAGCUUAAUAGGCAGAUACUUAAGCAUGGAAUAACUGUCUAAACUCGAAGAAAAUACAGUUGCAAUAAAUAGAAUUACAAUGGAUUACGGGAGCAGCAUGGGGCCUGUAGCAUGUCCAGUUUGUACUCUUUAUCUACGAGAAGGAAUCAGUUUACAAAAACAUUUGGAUACACAUCCGAAAGAACAAGUAAUUGAGGCUCUUAUAAAAGCCAGUGGUGCAUCCGUCCCAAAUCAGAUACAGGAGCCCCAAAGUCAGAUAUCACCAUUGCCAAGUCAGAUAUCACCAUUACCGAGUCAGAUAUCACCAUUACCGAGUCAGAUAUCACCAAUACCAAGUCAAAUUACUUCUCCGUCACCAGUGAAUUCCGCCUCUCAUGUUUCGCCUCAGUCUCCUUAUCCAGUAGGUCCAGUUUUUGAAUGCCCAUCAACUCUAAAUGCAGUUAUCUCGCCACCACAAUUCGCUUCAUUCAGUUAUCAACAGUUCGUCAAUAAUGGAACUGUCAUGAUACCUCAGUACGCGAUGGCACCACAGAAUAAUCAUAUGAUGCAAAUGCUCUAUUCUCCAUAUGGCAUGUAUCAUCAGCAACCAAUCUCAACCAUGCAAAUGAUUUCACCUCUUGCUCACACAACGCCCCCUGCAACUGACAGCACAACAAAUUCCACCAUCAGAUACAAGUCUCCGAAUGCUUUAGCAGGAGGUGAUUCUGUCAUCAAAUUGACUUCACCUGAAAAAUCGUACAAUUGUCCUGAACCUAGACCUGUUAUAUCGGAAAUUUUAGAGGAUACUGAAGCCUUGCUGCCUAAUACAGACAUUGAUUUAUCAUCCCGUUCACCUGUUAAUAAAGAACGGCCGGCCAAAUGUGAUAGAGUAACCAACGAUCAAGUCAGAGUUGAGUAUCGGGAACAACAAACACAAGCUUCUAAUGAAGAUGAUCGCAGUGAAGAAUUACCAACAGAACAACAAAAUUACCCGGAAACUGCAAAUCUUGAAGCAGAAAAUAAUGAGAAUAGAAUAUUUCCGAAUUUAGAACAAAAAGAAGCAGUGACAUCUGAAUUAAUAAUCGAAGAUAGUGAUAUGGUUGUCGAUAAAACAUCUGAUGAUGCUGAUGUUGAAUUACCUGCUGAUCCGAUGGAUAAAGAGGAGACUGAAAAGGAGACCGAAAGUGAGAAAACAGACGAACAAGAACUGGAGAAGCAGACAGCGUGGAAUAGUUUUAAGGAAUCUUGUGAAGAUGAAAAUGACCAAAGUCGGAAAUCACCUGAGGUGGAACAAUUAGAACAUCUUUUGAUAACAAUCAUAGAAUCAGACUAUGAUGCCAGUACUGCACGUAAUACCGAUGUGCAAAAAGUUCUAAUUUCCACUGAUACUUUAGAAAGAAGUGAAAAUACAGCCGACAGUGAUAGCACCGAUACUUCUGAUUUAAACAAAUCUUCCACAACUGACAGUAAUUUAUCAAUUAAUUUACUCGAGAGUAAAACCUAUCACUAUAAGCACAGUUUGUCAGCGCCUUCAUCGCCAAUUUUCUUCAAGAAAUCUCAUAGAACUCAUUCGCGCCUUUCAUUAAGAGAUGACUUCCGAUCAAAUGAAAACAUCUCUGCGUAUCCUUUGGGAUUCGAAGCAACGGCUUUAGAAAAUUUUGUCAAUAGAAAAAAUGAAGAGGAUCCCGAUGCCGAUAUGGAGGAAGUUGCUUCCACUGUGCUAUUCAAAGAAUAUCACGAAAUUGAAGAUGAACCUAUGAGAUCAUACACACCAUCAUCAAUUGGUAGCAGCAAUUCUGUCCUGCGAGUGCGAACAGAUCUCAAUAAAUCUGGACCUCUUUUGUCGAAUCAUCUACUCCAUCAAACCAUCAAUGUGGAUGAAGUGAUAUACGAGAAAAUUAAUUUCCCACAAAUCGAAUCAUCUCCCGAGGAACAUUUGCCCAGUACGAAUAUUCAAGAGAACAUAAGCAAUAAAGAAUCAGAAUCAGAGAAGUUGAAAAUAAAGGAUGAGAAACGAAUGACAUCAAAAGAAAGUGCCACAGUUCAUAAUUCUCAUAAUCAAUUGACUGAUAAUAUAACGGAGAAUACAUCUCGUCACAUAGUAUCAAAAAAUUUAGAUUUCGAUGAAUCUAAUGGAAAUUCAAAUUCAAAACCCGCUGAAUCCAACAAAAUGGUCUCUCAAAAGCCAGCACCGGAACUUUUUAAUAUAAAUGAAGAUGCUCACAGUGGUCCAAUGAAUGUUUUUGAAUUUGAUGGUUUGCAAAUAUUGGUACCAAGUACUUUUAUAAGUGAACCCUCCGAUAAAGCAAUCAGCGGUACGAGUCAACAAUCAAUGUCCAGCAGCGAAGGAGGAACUUGCAUAGAUGAAGAAAUUAAAAGUAUCAAUAUGCGAGCAGAUGAAAGUAUGCCACCAAGAGGGGAAUUGUCGGAGCAAGAAAGCAAUGAAUGUACUGAUCAGUCUACUUGGCAGAUUUAUAUUGGUCAAGAAGCUUCACGUAUGUCAACAUCAUAUGAUCUCAUGGCGCGGGAAACUUGGGAAGAAUCAGAAGGUUCAGACAAUGAAAUUGGAGGAUCUCUUCUGGAUUCUAGAUCACUAGCUACGCAUUUUACAUCGAGCUUGUUUUUAGAUCGUGAUCGGAAAACGCCCACACGGCGAAUUUUCAAGUGUACACAUUGCACAGAGGUUUUUGAAUGCCCCAAGGAACGCAGGGUUCAUAUUACAACAGUCCACAAAAAUGCCGGUGCCAGUAACAGUAGGGAACCCAUUCAACAAGCCGAAAUGAAGGACAUUAAAUUGCUGGAUGGACGCAUGAAUAUGUUUGACGACAUUUUCGUAGCUGGAUUACAUGUACCACAAACAUAUCAUCAACCUUUGUUGCAUCAACUCCAACCACCGCAACAAUUGGACGAGGGACGAGUUGAAACUGACAUAAAAGUAGAUAAUUUGAGAGUUUCAAGCACAAUUGAAAUUUCAUGCAAUAUUUGUAACCAAAGUUUCUCCGGUGAAAAGUCAUUGCAAAUUCAUCAAAGAAGAAUGCAUAUUAAAGAGGCCGUGAAGCGCGUUCGGGAAAAUGCCAAGUGUCAAAUUUGUAAUCAAGAAUUUCCUUCGGUUAUUUUGUUCAAUGCUCAUUUGAAGAUUCAUCCCCUAGAAUGCGGCCAGUGUGGUAAAUAUUUUUAUAGGAAACAAAACUUCAAGUUGCAUGUGAAGCGACAUCUUGGAAUAAAACCAUUUCCUUGUACAGUUUGUGACAAGGCUUUUCUCACGAAACAAAAGUUGGAAGAACACACCAACGGCCAUACUGGCAACGCUCCUGUCAAAUGCAAUCUAUGUAACGAAACAUUUCGACGCUAUUCAAAUUUAACACAACACAAGAACAGACAUCAUUUGCACGUGAAGAAAAAGUUGAAGGACUACAUUUGCCAUUGCGGGGAGAUAUUUCACACGAAGAAGAAACUGGCAUGGCACAAGGAGACUCACGAUGAAAAACCAAAAGCAUGUACAUACUGUAACGAGAGAUUCAUUCAUAUGGCCAGUCUAACUCGCCAUAUGCGUCGCGCUCACAACCGAAGGUUCGUUCCUGAUGCUCAAAGAGAAAGUGAAAAUGUAGAAUGUCCGAUAUGUAAAUGCAUUUACUUACGAUCAUCAUUAGCUGUACAUAUGAGAGUGCACAAUGGAGAGCGACCUUACGAGUGUCAAGUUUGUUCUAAAGCAUUUAGUACGAAGUGGAAUUUGCAGCUGCACAAGUGGACGCAUGCGGCAAGAAGUACUAAACCAUUCAAGUGCAAUCAAUGCAAUGCUGCUUUUUAUCGACACAGUGAUUACACAGCACACAUGAAUUCUCACAGGAAUGUUCGUCCAUAUACGUGCAAUUACUGUGGGGCUCAGUUUAUUAGAAAAUACAAUUGCCUUAGGCAUGUUAAAGAACACGAAGAAAAUAAAGCUUAUACAUGUGAUGUUUGUAAUAAAACUUUUCAUAGAUCGUAUUACCUCAAAGAACAUUUACGUGUGCAUUCUGGUGCAAGACCAUAUUCCUGUCAUAUUUGUGGUAAAUCAAGUAGCACUAAAUCCAAUCACAAUAAGCAUGUGAGAAUUCAUCAUGCACGUGAACCUGUAAAUACCGAAAAUUAAUCUGCUUCGUGUGUAUGUUCAUUUUAAUUUUUUAAGCGGCUUUAAAUCAGUGUAUGCCUCUUAAAACUUUUAGUAAAAUAAAUUGACUUAUUGUCAAGUGUGCCUGUGCGGCUAAAAUUAAA